AAAUUAAGGCGAGUGUCGUCGGAGAGGGAGAAGGGACGAGAAAAACAGAGGGGAAGGAAGGAAGGGGAGAUGUUAAGCAGAGGAGUGAUCAGCUGCGGCGCGCCAUCGCAGAGGUUGUUCUCCGCCGUCCCCAGGCCCUCCGCCGCUCGCGCCGUCCCUCCUCCGUCUCCUCCGCCGUCGCCGUCUCCUCCGCCGCCGUCUCGGUUCGCGGGCGGCGGCGCCGCAUGGAGGAGGAGCAGCUUCUGCUCUAGCGGCGAUCCGAGCAAGCCCCGGCCGAGGAUGGAGACCCUCAAGGCCCGCGCCUCGGCGCAGCCCCUCCAGGACGCCGACGACCUCAUCGACUCCGUCGAGACCUUCAUCUUCGACUGCGACGGAGUCAUAUGGAAAGGGGAUAGCCUGAUUGAUGGAGUCCCUGCAACGCUCGAUAUGCUCCGCUCAAAGGGCAAGAGGUUGGUUUUCGUUACCAACAACUCGACCAAGUCCAGGAAGCAAUAUGGAAAGAAGUUCGAGACCCUUGGGCUCAAUGUGAAAGAGGAAGAGAUAUUCGCGUCGUCUUUUGCAGCUGCUGCGUACCUAAAAUCUAUCAAUUUCCCCAGGGAUAAAAAGGUUUAUGUGAUUGGUGAGGAUGGCAUCUUGAAGGAGCUUGAGCUAGCUGGAUUUCAAUACCUCGGCGGUCCUGAAGACGGUGGGAAAAAGAUAGAGCUCAAGCCUGGAUACUACAUGGAGCAUGAUGAGGAUGUUGGUGCUGUUGUAGUUGGAUUUGAUCGAUACUUCAAUUACUACAAAGUCCAGUAUGCAACACUUUGUAUACGCGAAAAUCCUGGAUGUCUAUUCAUUGCCACUAACCGCGAUGCCGUAACUCAUCUCACUGAUGCACAGGAAUGGGCAGGUGGUGGUUCUAUGGUUGGUGCCAUCAGUGGAUCGACUCAGCGUGAGCCAUUAGUUGUAGGGAAGCCAUCAACUUUCAUGAUGGACUACCUAGCAAACAAAUUUGGCAUUCAAAAGUCUCAAAUUUGCAUGGUCGGGGACAGACUGGAUACUGAUAUUCUGUUUGGGCAAAAUGGAGGCUGUAAAACUCUCCUAGUUCUCUCAGGUGUGACCUCUUUGUCAAUGCUUCAAAGCCCAGACAACAAAAUACAGCCAGAUUUCUACACAAACAAAAUAUCCGAUUUUCUCUCUCUUAAAGCAGCAACCGUCUGACAAUUUUUCGCACUGGAAUUUGGCUAUGUCAUUAUUUUGUGAUUAUCUAAUUGUGUAAAAUAACUAAAGUCACUGCUCACAAUGUUUAGGCACCUUUUAUGUACCACAACCAUGAGGAAUGCAUUCAUUUGAAGCUGCCUUAACACUUCUGCUUGAGUAGCAAAAACAAAUUAGAGAGUGAUGGAACAUUGGUUAUAAAGCAUUGACACCUCUCUCUUCUGAGGUUUUCUUUUGUUA